GAAAAGAGCAUGGAGUUGGGCAAGAUGCCAGGCUCCAGGAUGCCAGCUGAGGGCUACAGCAAUACUAGUUUCCAGGCUGAAGAAGACUUUUGUGAAAACCAGAAUUCAUCAGGAUACAACAGUACGCUACGGGGCAGAGCUGUGCAAAGCAAAGAGUUAGGAAGCAUCAAUCAGGAUGAAGAACAGGUAACUAUUGGAGACAACUUGGAGGAUGAUCAAGAGAUACAACAAGAAGGGUUUCUGGAAAAGAAAUAUAGUAGACUUUGUGACUUUUGCAAAAGACACAAAACAAUCCUUAAGUACAUCUUCUGGAGCAUUUUAUUAGCAGGUUACCUAGCUCUGGUGAUAGCAGCUUGUGUGAUCAACUUUCACAGAGCCCUCCCUCUCUUUGUGAUCACCAUAGUUGUCAUCUUCUUUGUGAUCUGGGAUCACUUUAUGGCAAAAUAUGAACAACGAAUUGUUGAGUGCUUGUCCCCUGGGAGAAGACUACUGAACAACCAUUGGUUCUGGCUAAAGUGGGUUAUUUGGUGUUCACUAAUCCUUGGGAUUAUUUUAUGGCUGACCUUGGACACUGCCAAACUGGGCAAACAGCAACUGGUAUCAUUUGGAGGACUCAUAAUGUACAUUGCCCUGGUAUUUCUAUUUUCCAAGCACCCAACUAAAGUUUACUGGAGGCCUGUCUUUUGGGGAAUUGGGUUACAAUUUUUUCUUGGGCUCUUAAUUCUAAGAACUGGUCCUGGAUUUAUGGCUUUUGAUUGGUUGGGCAAACAAGUCCAGACUUUUUUGGAGUAUACUAAUGCUGGUGCUUCCUUCGUCUUUGGUGAGAAAUACACAGACCACUUCUUUGCAUUUAAGGUCCUGCCCAUCGUGGUUUUCUUCAGCACUGUGAUGUCUAUGAUGUACUACCUGGGGCUGAUGCAAUGGAUCAUUAGAAAGGUUGGGUGGCUAAUGCUAGUUACUAUGGGAUCAUCUCCAAUUGAAUCUGUCGUUGCAGCUGGCAAUAUAUUCAUUGGGCAGACAGAAUCUCCACUAAUGGUUCGGCCAUAUUUACCACAUAUCACAAAGUCCGAGCUUCAUGCAAUAAUGACUGCCGGGUUCUCAACAAUUGCUGGAAGUGUUUUAGGUGCAUACAUUUCUUUUGGGGUAUCUUCCUCUCACUUAUUAACUGCUUCAGUUAUGUCAGCACCUGCAUCACUAGCUGUGGCUAAACUCUUCUGGCCUGAGACAGAAACACCUAAAAUAACUCUUAAAAAUGCCAUGAAAAUGGAACAUGGUGACUCUAGGAAUCUUCUAGAAGCAGCAUCACAAGGAGCAUCAUCAUCCAUCUCCUUGGUGGCAAACAUUGCUGUGAAUAUGAUCGCCUUCCUGGCUCUACUGUCUUUUGUGAAUUCAGCUCUAUCCUGGUUUGGAAACAUGUUUGACUACCCACAACUGAGUUUUGAGAUAAUAUGCUCCUACAUUUUCAUGCCCUUUUCAUUCAUGAUGGGAGUGGACUGGAAUGAUAGCUUUAUGGUAGCUAAACUCAUUGGCUAUAAGACAUUCUUCAAUGAAUUUGUGGCAUAUGAGAACCUCUCAAAACUGAUCAAUUUAAGAAAAAAUGCAGGACCCAAAUUUGUGAAUGGUGUACAACAAUAUAUGUCGAUACGUUCUGAGACAAUUGCCACAUAUGCCCUUUGUGGUUUUGCCAAUUUUGGUUCCUUGGGAAUAGUAAUCGGUGGGCUCACAUCCAUGGCUCCUUCCAGAAAGAGUGACAUCGCCUCUGGAGCACUAAGAGCUCUGAUUGCAGGCACGAUCGCCUGCUUUAUGACAGCCUGCAUUGCAGGCAUGCUCUCUAACACUCCAAUAGACAUCAAUUGCCAUCACAUUUUAGAAAAUGACUUCAACUCCAGUUUAUCUAAAAACACAAGCAGUGUGGUGUCGUGUUGCCAAAGUCUGUUGAGCAGCACUGUUAUCAAGAGUCCUGGUGAAGUCAUCCCUGGAGGAAAUCACAGCCUGCAUUCCCUGAAAGGUUGCUGCACUCUGUUGAAUCCACCAACACUGAACUGCACUUGGAUUACUAAUGUCUCGUGAAUUCUGCCACUCCUCAACCGAACCCUUAAGUAAAAAUACUGAAUUUUCUGAUCUGUGAAGAGAACAAAAGCUACUCUCUGAUUCAUCAAUAAGUCAGUUUAAUGAGAAAGAAAAUAAUAGGAAUGAACAUUGUACAUCUACUACAUCUUCAUCCCUCCCAGAUUAUUUUCAAUGAAGAACUAUACCAAGUACUAAAAGGAAAUGUUUUCAAUCUCAAAAUGUUUUUCUGACCUUAGCAUUUCAGGACAUGAACCCUAAUGCAGGUUACAAAUGAUGACUUACAAUGAUGGCCAUGACUCAGCCACAUCUACGUAACAUGAAUCUCUUCUAAGUCUUCUGAAUUACUUGAUUUAAAAACAUCUCAGGCAAGAGCCGGAGCAGUGGCGCAAGCGGUAAGGUGUCUGCCUUGCCUGC